AUGGGAGCAGAUCUUAGACAAAGCUGCAAGCAAUUAUAUCUCCAAAGGCACUUAGAACCCAAGAAAGACAUGCUAUACUCCAAGGGAUACCUCUGGCGCAGGUCUAGACAAGUGUGCUUGAAUCAUGGGAUAAGGUUUUGCAUUUCAAGGAAGCCGUAUUUACAUACAAGUCACAUGAAGACCUGA